AUGUCGUUCCGGCCGAUGUUGCAGCAGCGGGCAGUGGCUCCGAUCGCAGCCACCCUCCUCGCAGGAGGCAUGGCCCUGUACCCAAAGCGAGAAGCCUUCGCAGAAGAGCCGUCAGAGCGGAAACCAAUCUACGACGACUUCCCUGCUGAUAUUCCCGAGCCUACCAAACCGACACCCGCGCCUCCAGCCGUGGAACCUAUCUCUGAGCCUCUGCUGUCGUCUCCCUCGACUCCUUCUUCUCCAACCCCGACAGAUAUCCUGACCGGUCAGGUCCGACAAGCCCGUCUCUUCCUCUACUCGCACUCCCUUGCCGCUGAGAACGGCUUCAACAACUUCCUGUCCCGGGCUCUGCACAUCGAAAAUGCCUUCACCAACACCGUUGCUUCGCUCGCUCCCUCCCCCGAGUCCGGUGAGCGUCUGACUCCCGGCGGUGUCUACGUCGUGGUGGCGGCCAUGGCCGGAUCCAUUGUGUCACGCAACCGCGGCAUAUUCCUGCGUACCCUCUCGCCUUUGGCCUUCGGCACUGUCGCCGCCUACACUCUUCUUCCCGUGACUAUGAAGAACGUUGGGGAUCUCGCCUGGGAGUACGAGAAGCGAUUCCCCGCUGUGGCCGACCAGCAUGUUUAUAUCCGUGACCGAGCCGAGCAGAUCUGGCACACUGGCCUUGCACACAGUGCCAUGGGCCGUCAGAUGCUGGAGGAAAAGAUCGGUGAUGCCCGCAAGAAGUUGGAGGAGAUCGUCAGCAAGGGUCACUAA